AAAAUUACGAGGGAGAUCAGUUCGGGCAUUUCACUUUUCCCUCUCUGCUUCUGCACUGUUCUUCUUUUUCAUCAUCAUCUUCUUCGUAGGAUUGACAAGAUCAGGAUUAUCAUCGAACAAACUUUAGGAAUGCGACGGUUAAAGCACAAGCAGUUGGUAAUCUUUCUCCUUAUUUUAUCUCUCUAUCCUCUCUCUAUCCAUGCACGGCCCUUCGUGCUCGUCCUCUCGCAGGAUGACCUAAAGGAUGCCGCCGCCCCAUCCGAGGACGAAGCAGGCGCCAACGCCGUUCCCACCGACUCCGAGUGGGACGAGUUUGGAGAAUCUGAUACGAAGACUGAGGAGGAGCUCGACCCCGGCUCAUGGCGUCCGAUCUUGGAACCGGACUCGUCUAGUUCGGAGUCGGAGCACGAGGCGGGAUCGUACCUCUCUGGCGUUUCUAGGAUGUUGAAUGCGGCAAGUAAUGGCGAGGUUAGGAUGAUGGUGGAGGCCGCAUCGGAGAUCGAAGCUGUGGCUACGUCGGGAGACCCGCACUCGCAGUCUGUGAUGGGGCUUCUGUAUGGGUCGGGGCUGAUGCGGGAGAGGGACAAAGCGAAGGCGUUUUUGUACCAUUACUUUGCUGCUGAGGGAGGGAAUAUGCAGUCCAAGAUGGCUCUUGCAUAUACGUACUCGCGGCAAGACAUGCAUGAUAAAGCUGUUAAAUUAUAUGCUGAGUUAGCUGAAGUAGCUGUAAAUAGUUUUCUGAUUUCGAAGGAUUCACCUGUUAUUGAACCGGUGAGGAUCCACAGUGGAGCUGAAGAGAAUAAAGAAGCAUUGAGGAAAUCCCGUGGGGAAGAGGAUGAGGACUUCCAAAUAUUAGAAUAUCAGGCACUGAGAGGAAAUGCUGGAGCAAUGUACAAAAUUGGGCUAUUUUACUACUUCGGAUUGAGAGGAUUAAAACGUGAUCAUACCAAGGCAUUGACCUGGUUCUUAAGGGCAGUCGAAAAGGGGGAGCCCAGGUCAAUGGAACUUCUUGGUGAGAUAUACGCAAGAGGAGCUGGUGUUGAGAGAAAUUAUACUAAGGCUCUUGAAUGGCUUACACUUGCUUCUAAGCAACAGCUCUAUUCAGCUUACAAUGGGAUGGGUUACUUGUAUGUCAAAGGCUAUGGAGUGGAGAAAAAAAACUACACAAAAGCAAAAGAGUACUUUGAGAAGGCUGCAGACAAUGAAGAGCCUGGCGGGCACUAUAACCUAGGAGUAAUGUAUCUCAAAGGGAUUGGAGUAAAAAGAGAUGUAAAACUUGCCUGCAAAUUUUUUAUUGUGGCUGCUAAUGCAGGCCAACCUAAGGCAUUUUAUCAGUUGGCGAAGAUGUUCCAUACUGGAGUUGGGCUCAAGAAGAAUCUUCCUAUGGCUACUGCAUUAUAUAAGUUAGUUGCAGAACGGGGACCAUGGAGUUCCUUGUCUCGGUGGGCACUGGAGUCAUAUUUAAAAGGGGAUGUGGGUAAAGCUUUCCUCUCGUACUCAAGGAUGGCAGAGCUGGGCUAUGAGGUAGCACAAAGCAAUGCUGCAUGGAUCCUUGAUAAAUAUGGGGAACGUAGCAUGUGCAUGGGAGAGUCUAAUUUCUGCACAGAUGCUGAAAGGCAUCAGCGGGCACAUUCUUUAUGGUGGCAAGCUUCUGAGCAGGGUAAUGAACAUGCUGCUUUGCUUAUUGGGGAUGCCUAUUACUAUGGCCGGGGUACCGAGAGGGAUUACAUACGUGCUGCAGAGGCGUAUAUGCAUGCCAAAUCCCAAUCCAAUGCCCAAGCCAUGUUCAACCUCGGUUAUAUGCAUGAACAUGGCCAUGGACUUCCAUUUGAUCUUCACCUUGCCAAGCGUUAUUAUGAUCAAGCACUGGAAAAUGAUCCUGCUGCAAAGUUGCCUGUCGCAUUGGCCCUCACAAGCUUGUGGAUACGAAAAAAUUAUGCUGAUACUUUCCUGGUGCAUGUCAUUGAUUCCUUGCCGGAAGUAUAUCCCAGACUCGAAGCGUGGGUGGAGGAUGUGCUGCUAGAGGAAGGAAACGCAACAAUACUGACUCUUGUUGUCUGUCUUCUCACUGUUCUGUACCUUCGGGAGCGGCAACGCAGAAAUGCUGUUGCUCCUGCUGGUGAUGCUGAGGUGCGUCAUCACCAACCAGAUGAGCAUGUUGGAUUUGCACCCAACUAAGGUGGUUGAUACUGGAGGCAGCCAGAAACUGAUUUACCUAGCUUUCUGGAAGUUCAGUCACAUCACCUCAUAGACAUAAAACUUUGUUGCAAUAUGAUGUACAGGUAUCCGGUUCCCCAUUAGUUUUGCCAGAAAGAACUUAGAAUGUACCAUACAGAACUCAAGCGAGAAGAGAAAAUCAAGGAGGGAAAUUUAGGAAUUAGGAACACUUUGCCGCACUCCAUAUUGUCUUGAUUUAGUUGACAUAGGGAUUUGCAACAGUCAUUUAAGUUUUCACUUAUACAGAGGACAAUUGUCUUGUGUACAAUCUCAUUUUCCUUUGUGACUACAAGUACUGAUUCUGUAAAAGCUUUGCAAAUAAUUUACAACACGGAGCAGCAUUUUUAUCCGCAACAAUGAGUA